AUGUGUCAACAACACCCGGGCGAGGUAGAGCCACCCGCAGGUUCGGAACCAUCAGGACAUGAUGGACCGGGUGCGUCUGAACCUUUCCCCUGGGACGUUGGAGUAUACGACGCACACUGUCAUCCAACCAACACGAUGACGUCGAUAGCAAGCAUACCGGGUAUGAAGGCACGUGCCUUGACUGUGAUGUCUUCACGAGCCCAAGACCAAGACCUCGUGGCCGAAGUAGCCUCCGAGCAUGGAUCAUCCUCUCAGGCAGAGGUUUAUUUGGUUCCUGGUUUUGGUUGGCACCCAUGGUUUUCCUAUCAGUUUUACGACGACCUGUCUGCUAGUCCAACUUAUGAUGGAACACCAUCUGGGAAAAUCUCGCACUACGAUAAAGUGCUAGCACCGUCGCCUUCAUCAAAGGAUGUAUCCUUUAGCGAGGGUCUGCCGGAGCCUCGGCCACUCUCCGAAUUUGUGCGAGAGACCAAGUCCCGUCUGGAACGGUAUCCUCUCGCAUUAGUUGGUGAAAUUGGCUUAGAUAAAGCAUUCCGGCUUCCUCAAAGCUGGACUUCGGCCCACGAAGCUCAACGUGAUGCGGGCCUUACACCCGGUGGCCGCGAAGGCAGGAGACUUAGUCCCUACCGAGUACAGGUAGCACAUCAGGUUGCAAUUCUUCAAGCCCAGCUGCGGCUUGCGGGAGAAAUGGGGCGUGCGGUUAGCGUUCACGGAGUUCAGGCGCACGGUGUGGUGUAUGACACCAUAGCCAAACUCUGGAAAGGAUAUGAAAGACCCGUGACAUCAAGGAGAAAGAGGAAACAGAUUGCCGAAGGGGCGGAGGACUUCUCUAGCUCAUCUUCAGACGAAGAUGAUGAUUAUACUACCUUUACCAACCGCGGGAAGGAAAAUAAAGCAAAACCGGGUCGCACCAAACAGGGGCCGAAGCCAUACCCCCCACGGAUCUGCAUGCAUUCUUUUAGUGGUCCUGUCGACGUUGUCAGGCAAUAUCUUCAUCCGUCGGUACCAGUAAAGGUUUUCUUCUCCUUUUCAAUCGUGGUAAAUUGGAGUACGGGAGGUGGUGGCAAGGCCGAGGAAGCUAUUCGUGCUGUGCCUGACGAUCGUAUAUUGGUUGAGAGUGAUCUGCACACGGCAGGCGAGCAGAUGGACCGGUAUCUAGAAGAAGUAUGCAGAAAGAUAUGCAAAAUCAAAGGAUGGGAGUUACGCGAGGGGGUUGAAAAACUGGGUAGAAAUUGGAAAGAAUUCAUCUUCGGGUAG